AUGAGCGGAAAGAGUCCAGAAAUUGUCACCGAAGGUGCUGUUUCGGACAUCGAUCCAAAGCAAAAUAAAGCCCUUCUUCACAAGAUGGAUCGCGUUAUAUUGCCAAUAGUAUCAUUUCUUUAUUUAUUGGCUUAUCUUGAUAGAAGUAAUAUUGGUAAUGUGGCGAGUGAUCUAGUUGAAGAUUUGAAUCUUCAUGGAUCCCAGCUGAAUGCUGGUAUCAGUGUUUUCUAUUGCAUUUAUGUUCUUGUAGAGACUCCUGCUACGGUUGUAGCGAGAAUGGUUGGAAUUUCUCGGUUCCUGGCAGUAGUAAUGGUCGGUUGGUCAUUAGUAGUACUGUUUUCCGGGUUCAUGCAGAGUAUUGUGGGUCUAAUCAUUACAAGAUUGUUACUGGGAAUGUUCGAGGGGUGUCUAUUCCCAGUAAUCACUAUUUAUCUUACUAGCAUUUACCAGCAGGACGAGCUGAAUACAAGACUGGCCUACUUUUUUGGUGCAUCAGCUUUAUCUGGUGCAUUUGGUGGACUUUUAGCAUGGGCUAUAUUGCAAAUGGAUGGAGUUGCCGGCAUGAGAGGUUGGAGAUGGCUGUAUAUUAUCGAGGGUCUUAUCUCGUUUCUAGGAGUGGUGGUUGUAUAUUUUGGGCUGCCUGAUGAGAUUGAACAUGCGUGGUUUUUGAACGAUUCCGACAAGGAGAUUAUUGUCCAAAGGACUGAAAUCAAUAGGCAUUAUUAUGGCGAGCAGACGUUUAAAUGGUCGGAUGUUCGUAGAGCAUUUAAAGAUCCAAAGGUUUACAUAUCAGCCACAGCUCAGUUCUGUAGUGAUGUUGUCCUGUAUGGAUUCUCGACAUUUCUUCCUGCAAUUAUUAAAACACUGGGCUACACCAAUCUCAGUGUUCAAUAUAUGACCAUUCCGGUGUAUAUCUGUGGAGCGGUUGUUUUCCUUUCGGUGGCCAUGCUGGCUGAUUAUACAGGCAAAAGAUUCAUUUAUUUGGUGAUGGCAGGACUGACUGUAAUGGCUGGAUACAUCAUAUUACUGACCGACACUCAUCACCGGGUCCAGUACCUUGGCACAUUCCUCUGUGCUAUGGGGUUGUACAUCUGUGUUGGAUUAAACAUUGGCUGGCUGAAUAACAAUAACUCGCCUCAUUAUAAACGAGCUGCUGCACUUGGAUUCCAACAAACUGUAGGAAAUUGUGCUGGUAUCGUGGCUGGUCAGAUAUAUAUAGCCAAGUCUGCUCCAAGAUACAUAUUAGGACAUGCCUUUUCGCUCGGAUGUAUAGUUGUCGCUCUACUCUGUUACUGUUGUAUGGCUACCUACCUAAUGGCACAAAACAGACGGAAGAGGACCAGACUGGCAAACGGCACUUCUGAUCCGAACGCCGAUGGCGACGACUCGGACCAUUUUAUUUAUAUAUACUAG